AUGUCGACCCUCCAAGUAUCGAGGCGUUAUCGCUCGUCGACUUCGGCGUCGUCUAGAUCAUCCAGCGCGGCCAACUCGAAAGCUCUCGAAAUCUUGCGUAGUCUCCUCGACACCCUCGCUUCCAGCACGCAACGGCGGACCAACGAUGGAUACCCCGAGUUUCCCGUGCUCAUUAAGAGCCUGCGCCAAAUACGACAGCACAUUGCCGCGACCGAACCCCCGAGCCCGCCCCAAGACGACUUUAGGCACCUACAUGGGUUUAACAGGCUCCUCGACGUGCUGAGAUCCUACUCGGGCUUUUACAACCCCCAGCGUCGAACCAAAGAAGAGAAAGAGGGUUUAUUCGGGCUGCUCGAGGCUGUCUUGGACGUCUUCGCCGCUGCCUUUUUGGACCAUCCAGGAAACAAGCGCUACUUUCGCCACCGGGUGGAAGGCGGCGGAUGGGAGGCUCUCGAGCAGACCAUUGCCAGUGUUGGCCUUGGCGGAAGCGACUCUGAUCUGUGGACGAACUGUCAGAUGUUUGGGAAGUUGUUGGCAUUCUCGCUUGGGGACAGGACUAUGGAUGCCAUUUGUCAGUCGGUUGCGACAAGUCCAGAGUUGAAGGCCGAGGAUGCCAAGACGACCAAUUCACAAGAGCCUCCCGAGGAUGAUGCUCAACAACAAAACCCGUCGUCAGUUCCAGAACGAAAGGAAAUCGGCCAGGAGGUGCGCGAUGCCAUGCAGAAGCGGGCCGUCUUCCGGAACCCGGAGAUUUUGCGUGCUGUCGUAGGCUUCUGGGAGUCUAUCCCACGAGCGCAGGACAUGCCGGCCAACGCCUGCUCAAUGGCCGUCUUGGAGAUCAUGUCAAGCGCGGUUUCCGUCUCAAUGUUCAACCUUGCAGCUCUCCAUGCCACUGGAGUGUUAUCGCGCUUCCUUCGCGUGCUGUUCAGCCCCGUUGCCAAACUCGACCAAGCAGAGAAGGAUAGGCUCCUCAUCAUGUGCAAGAAGCUCAUGUACCUGGGCUUCAACCAACCCGCAGACACACAGUUCUUACUAGCGAGCGCCUUGCCGGAAGCAUCCGAGUUCUGCCUGGAGAUGACUUCGACGUACAGCGGCCCGCCAUUCUUCCAAUUCGACCUCUCCUUGCAUGGCCAUUCGUCCAUCGAACUACCCACCCUCGGCCGGUCGUUCCCUCCCAGCUCGUCGCCAGGCUACACCUUUACGGCUUGGCUCCGCGUGGAUCGGUUUGAUCCCAACUCACAUACAACCCUCUUUGGCGUCUUCGAUGCUAGUCAGACAUGCUUUCUCCUGAUGUAUCUUGAGCGAGAUACGCGAAACUUCAUCCUCCAGACCUCGGUUACUUCCAGCCGGCCUAGUGUGAGGUUCAAGGGGAUGUCAUUCAAAGACAAGAAAUGGUACCAUAUUGCCCUUGUUCACCGACGACCCAAAACGAUGACUGCUAGCAAGGCCUCUCUUUACGUCAAUGGCGAGUUUGUGGAGCAGAUCAAGUGUGCAUACCCCUCAUCGCCACCUCUUGCGAACGGGAGCACCGAAAGCUUUGCAUCCUUUGCCUCAACUAAUGCAAAACAACACCCUGUCCAAGCCUUCCUGGGCACUCCAAGGGAUCUUUCCAGCCAACUUGGUUCUGGACUAGUCUUUUCCAAGUGGUCUUUGGCCUCUGCCCAUCUAUUCGAAGAUGCGCUGAGCGAUGAUUUCCUGGCCGUUCACUACGGCCUCUCCCCCAAAUACCAGGGCAACUUCCAGGACAGCCUGGGCGGGUUCCAGACCUAUGAAGCCUCGGCGAGCCUGGGCCUAAGGAACGAGGUUUUCCAUCCAGGUAGGGAUGAGAGCUCAGAUAUCUUGAGAGCAAUCAGAGACAAGGCCGGUACCCUCCUCCCGGAAAACAAAAUUCUCCUCAGCAUACUCCCAGCAGGUGUCUUCAGAGAGGACGGCGUUUAUCAAGACACUCAGCUUUAUCGCGCAUUGCCUCGGCCCGCAGCAACAAAUCUCAUCCAAAUGACCCAUAGAAGUGGCUCAGCCAUUGCUAUCAAUGCUGCGCUGCCUUGCCUCCUGGAUGCAUUGGCACGUUCUCAAGGAGUGGCCGUCCUGACUGGCAACCCGGUGGUAGUGAUGCCCUCCUACUUCGAUGACAACUUCUGGCGUCUUGCCGGAUUCACCCCCUUAGCUCUGAAGAUUGUUGAAAGGGCAACUUCAGUGGAAGAAACGGUUAGAGCAGUAGAGAUGACAUUUCUAUGCAUCAGAAAGAGCUGGAGAAACAGUGAGGCCAUGGAGCGUGAUAAUGGCUACGCUAUCCUCGGCAUGCUACUCAGAGCCAAACUGGGCUAUACUGUCAACCUGGGUGCUGAUAGCGCCAACCUACGCUUACCAAUUUCAAGCGAAGAGAGGGACAGGUUGAGCUUUCAGCUUCUGAGCCUUGUUCUCGAAUUCGUGGGCUACAACCAUGCUGAACCGUUGGAAUCCUUCAUUGUGAAUCCUCUGGCGUACCGCAUCCUGCUCAUCGACUUUGACACUUGGAGACGAUCAGCUGCCAUCACCCAGGAGUUAUACUACAAGCAAUUUGUGACGUUCUCUGUGAAGAGCAAGUAUCACCAAUUUAAUAGCAGGAGGUUAAUGCGCAUGAGAAUUGUCAAACGGCUGCUUGAUGCAAUGAAAGCAGAGUCGAUCUCAGAGGAGGUGCAACCACACUUCAUGGCCGCCUUGGAACAGCUUGUGAAAUGCAACUAUACAGCAGAAGUGCAUAGGUCACUUGCUUUAUUUAUCACAUAUGCUUUCCACUCACCAACGGCCUCUCUGGUAAGGUCUCCGAGACCGAUGUCUGCAACUGCCCGAACUCCCACCUCUGGGUAUGCCAGACGAGCAACUUUCGAUUCCAACAGCUCGUCGAAUCCGUCCCCCUCCCGGUUCCUAACGAAGAAACAACUUGGUGCCAAGAUUCUGGGAAUGUACUCGAACCUACUCUGUGAAAAGGGCAACCUGGCCAAUAUCCGCAAGUUUGCAAGGACAGUGACGAACAAGUGGCUGCUAUAUCUCUUGGCCAACGACGACCCCGAAACAGUGGUAUAUGGCAGCAAGAUUCUCGCAAGACUUCUUAUCACUCACGGCUCCACAUAUACAGCCAAGUUUUCCGGUAAGACUGGUGGUUUCACCAUCAUGGCUCAUCGACUCAAACGCUGGUGGUACAUUCCAUCACUGUGGCCAAUCUGCUUCAGUAUCUUAUUCGGACUCGACGUGGCCAAUGUCGACUUGGAGCGCAAUUUUGAGUUUUCCAACUUGCUUGAAACAUUUGGAAGAGCUCGCGUUCUCUACCCUGAAUGUCUUCAAGUCGUGACUUCAAUGCUGCAACAUGGCUUGAAGGACAUCAUGAAGCAUCAGGAGGACCCAAACUCUCCGCAAAAGUCGCAACACCUACAAGCAAGCGGGUUCGAAGGCCUAGAAACCCGGCCACGAGCCAAGUCUAUGGAGACUAGGGGGCUGGAUGCAAGAAUGGCAGAAAAUGGCCCGCGCGACGGCGAGCGUAUAUCAAAUCACGCGCCUAUGCUGCUGACAGUCAUCCGAUUCCUGUCAGACCUGCACUCCCGCUCCUCUGACUUCAAGGACUUCGCGUUGACGUCCGAGUACGUGAGGUAUCUCUUGUGGGCAUGUUAUCCUAUCAUCGUUAGCACCGAUGCCGUCACGCCAGAUACUGAGCUCAACUCUCGAGACUCAGCUCUGACGUUCGAGGGCGGGGAUGUGAUGAUUCGCCCGCUUGCCGGUUCUCAACCUGGCCCCAUCGUACGGACAACCAGCACAGAUGCAGUUGCUGCGAUGGCAGGCAACCCCCGUGGAACUCCUCUACGGAAAGCGUCCGGUUUUGUUCUGCUCACCAGUCAAACAUCCUCCCAGGCCCCGAGUCCGGUUCGCUUUGCACCGGUCAUGUCGCCGAAGAAAAAGGUCGCCUCGCAACAGUCAAGCAGUGCUACACUCGAGAGCAUGGUAGAUCUAGUCAUCAGUGUCUUCAUAGACCAAGUCUUCUCGCGAAAGGAAUUUCCUGGCUUUGGACUCUUCCUCAAGAUCCCGCCAGGGUUCCAAGAGCACCAAGCCUACUUCGAGUCCUUCGUCCUUAGGAAGACACUUCAACAACUUGGAAGCCAUGUCCAAGCGAACCAGAAGGUUCUUAGCGAGCCAAAGGUUCUUACCAAUAUGGGCAGACUUGUGGCACACGUUACAGAUACCAUCUUUGAGGGCUGGUUUAUUAACGGUACUGAGCCCAUGCUGGAGUUCGCUGGAAUGGUACUAGAGUACCUUCAACGGCCCGAGAUUUCGACGAUGAAAAGUGUUCGCUUGUGCAGUCAAGCAGUCGGAACUAUCCGCCAAUCAUUCCUGAAGCUCCUUCUCUUGCGGUUUUCCGAACUGGACGAUCCAGACACACCUGACGCCAGCGCAAAGGAUUUCAUGAGCAACAUCCUCUACUGGCAAGCCCCGAUUCUAGGCUGCCUUGCAAAUGAGGAGGAGUACAUGAAGCUUUUCUGGUAUCAGUUGUACUCAAAGCUGGUUGAUUCUCGAACAUCCAUCAGGUCUGCUGCAGCUACAAUCAUGCGUAUCAUGCUUGUCCAGAAACCCCACGAGUCUAAGAUACUUUUCAGACAAUGCGUGGCGACAGACCAGCAGCACUUGACAAAGGACUUCGUUGUUAAGCUCACCGAAAUCGAUGACGAGGCUUUCAUUGAAUGGGUGGAUCAGCACCGCGCAUCGCUUGAUGCAUUCUUUUUUGGUGGCAUAUCAAAGAUCUGGGAAGAGUUUGUCGUUAUCGAAAACCAGCGAACAGUUGAUUCGGCUAAGUUCCGAUUGGCGAAGCGCAGAGAUCGACUGAAAGCAUGGCAGACGGAGGCACUGACUGUGGAUAACAUCCUCCUUCGGCAUGACAUGGCAAACGGAGCUUGGAUGAAGAGCAUCUUCACUAGUGAGCACUUCAAGCAUCAGCGUCUGACACAAGACCAGCAGGAUGAUAUGGCAUUCUUGGCUGCGGCAUUUGUCAAGAUGGAUAAUGAUUUGCGACGACCGGGCGCUGUAUUCAGCGAACAGGCUCAGCUUAAGUGGAAACUUGAUCGAACAGAAGGGCGUAAUCGUAUGCGCCUGAGGCUUCUGCCAGACUACUCCAAGAAGCAUACCGACUACCAGCCGAAGAGGAGAGCGGGAGAAGUCACGACCCCUUCUGCCCUCAAGGUCAACACUACCAUGGCCCCUGCUCAGAUCGCCCCGUCACCCAUCAAAUCAGCUACACCAGCAUCAUCUCGCGUGCAAGCCAUUUCGAGUCUCGAUGGCGCUGAAAACCCCGAUACACUGCCGGAUGCUGACCAGGACGAGGAGACAAAUAAGUCUGGCGUAGGUGCCGAAGAAGAUUUUGAGCUUGUGGACGAUCCAAACGAUGCCAACGAAGGCGAUGACGGCUUCGAGGACAAGAACCGCAAGGUUAUGAGACGGCUCGAGCAAGGUGAUCAAGUCCAAGCCGUGUACAACAUCUCCCGCAUCGUCGGUCUCGAGGGAUGCGAGGGUAUUCUCAUCAUCGGCAAAGAUGCUUUAUAUAUCAUGGACAACGUGUUUCAGUGUGCCUCUGGCGAGAUUGUGAACGCCUGGCAAGCUCCCCUGGAGGAGCGAGACCCUUUCUCGGAGAUCAUUACAGAUGCCAAGACGACCGAGCAACGCCAGAGCUCAAGUCGGAGCGAACAGGAGUCACGCAGCUGGAGAUGGCACGACGUGAUCAGUAUCUCUAAGAGAAGAUUCUUGUUUCGAGACGUCGCAAUCGAGGUCUUCUUCACAGAUGGACGCAGCUACUUACUGACGUCCAUCAACCCGACCCUGAGGGACGAGGUUUUUGGCAAGCUGAUGAACAAGGCUCCGCAUACAAACUCCGCUAGUUCGCUUCCCAAUCCUGAGGAUGCCUGGCGUCUUGAGGCGCUAAAGGUCUCCGAGGAAACGCCUCAAGGUUUCGGCUCGAAAUUUGGAAGCAUAUUCAACUCUACGCCCUGGAAUCCCGCCAUGAAGAAGUGGCAGAAGGGUGAAAUGUCCAACUUCCACUACCUGAUGCUGGUCAACACAAUGGCGGGCCGGACGUUCAACGACUUGACUCAGUACCCCGUCUUCCCUUGGGUCCUGGCAGAUUAUACAAGCGAGGAGCUCAAUUUGAGUGACCCAGCAACUUUCAGAGACCUCUCCAAGCCAAUGGGUGCUCAGACGGCCGGUCGUGUUUCUGGCUUCAGGGAGUCCUACGACGCUCUGGCCGAGAUCGGUGAAACUCCUUUCCACUACGGCACCCAUUAUUCGUCCGCCAUGAUUGUAUCAUCAUACCUCAUUCGCCUUCCACCCUUCGUCCAGUCCUACAUUCUCCUUCAAGGCGGAUCAUUCGACCACGCCGACCGGUUGUUCCAGUCCAUUCCCCAUGCAUGGAAGUCUGCCUCUUGCGAUAACAAGGCCGAUGUUAGAGAGUUGAUUCCGGAAUUCUUCUGCCUUCCAGAGUUCCUGACCAACAUCAAUCAGUACAACUUUGGCAACCGCGAAAGUACAGGAACCAAGGUCAAUAACGUUGUCCUGCCUCCCUGGGCCAAGGGCGACCCCAAAAUAUUCAUUGCCAAGCAUCGCGAAGCACUUGAAAGCCCUUACGUCAGCCAGCACCUCCACAAUUGGAUUGACCUCGUAUUUGGGUACAAGCAGAGAGGGGAUGCGGCUGUAGACAAUCUGAACGUUUUCCAUCAUCUCUCGUACCGAGGAGCAACGGAUUUGGACAACAUUAGCGAUCCUCAGGAGAGACGGAUCACUGCUGGCGUCAUCCACAACUUUGGUCAAACUCCCCACCAAGUGUUCACUCGGUCUCAUCCCGGCCGCGAGUACUUCUCUUGUCCAAUACGGCGAUUGGAUACCUCGGUUUAUGCUCUCACCAGACUAUCCCACCCGUUACUCGAAUCCCGCGAAAGAGUAGCGUCUUUGAUUUACUCGCCAAAGAUCGAUCGUCUCAUCUGCGCUUCGCCUUUCCGCCUGAAUGUUGCUCCUUACGACAAGUUCCUCGAAUGGGGGUACGCUGACAACAGUGUCCGCUUCUUCUUCAGCGACAACCGGAAGCCCGCGGGACUGUUUGAGAAUCUUCACAUUGGACAGUUGUCUUGCGCUACAUUUGCAGACUCCAAGACACUUAUCACGGCAGGGGAGGACUGCGUUAUUUCGGUGUACGCGGUGCAGACUGCACCUGGAAAAGUAGUUGACCUCCUUCCCCGGUCGUCGCUUUUUGGCCAUCGGGCUCCUGUGACAAGCAUAGCUGUAUCCAAGUCCUUCAGCACAUUUGUGUCAGCGUCGACAGAUGGCCAGGCCUUCCUCUGGGAUAUUAACCGUCUAGAGUUCAUCCGCAAGUUGCCUCUCUCACGGCCCGUCGAAUGUGCCCGCAUCAACGACGUCUCUGGUGAAAUCAUGCUCGGGUCCGGCCCUAACGUCAUCCUGUACACUAUCAACGGUACAGUCCUCGUCGACCAGAACGUGUGCGCAGAACCCGAUGACUAUGUUCACUCUUGCGCCUUCUACGAAAGUGCCGGCGACGAGUGGCUUGAGAUUUGCCUAAUUUUCACCGGCCACAAGAGAGGCCGUGUGAAUGUAUGGAAGAAAUGCGUCAAGAACGAGGUGGGAGCCAAUCAUGACGCCAGUAUUACUUGCAUUACACCGAUGCCGCAAUGCGUCUAUACUGGAGACGAUGAUGGGCGUGUGUACGAGUGGAAUCUUGUCCAGCGGGACAGAUAA